CGCCCUUUCUAGCGGGGAUGCCGAGGGCGGUGACCGCACCACCCUCGACUAACGGCCGCCCAAGAUGACAAGCCGCCACCGUUGCCUCCUUCCCGCCGCUUCCGCCCUCCUCCUCCUCCUCCUUCUCCGCAUCUCUCCAGUCUCGCCGGCGACAGAGAAGGAGGAGGAGCUUCUCCUCGAGUUCAAGGGCAACGUGACCGCCGACCCCAGUGGCGCCCUCACCUCCUGGUACGCCGCCCCCGGCCGCGACCCCUGCAGCGAUUUCGCCGGCGUCACCUGCGGACCUACCGGCGACGUCGAGAAGGUUCUCAUUCAUAGCGCUUCCCUCGCCGGCACCCUCUCCGCCGCCCUCGCUGGCCUCCCCUCCCUCCAGACCAUCUCCCUCUUCGGUAACCGCUUCUCGGGCGGAAUCCCGCCGGAGUUCGCCACCCUCACCACCCUCCACAAGCUCAACCUCAGCAAAAACGAGCUCUCCGGCCCCGUCCCGCCCUUCCUUGGGAACUUCCCUGGCCUCCGCCUCCUCGAUCUCUCCAUGAACUCCUUCUCCGGUCAGAUCCCCGAGAACCUCUUCCAUAACUGCUUCAAGACCCGCUUCGUCUCCCUCUCCCACAACAACCUCUCCGGCCCGCUCCCGUCGUCCAUCGCCAACUGUUCGAACCUGGUCGGGUUCGACUUCUCCUUCAACAAUCUCACUGGCGAGUUCCUGCCCGAGAUCUGUGAGCCGCCGGCCAUCAACUAUGUCUCGCUGAGGAACAAUUCGCUUACGGGAACCGUCGCCGAUAAGGUCUCCAGGUGCCAAAGCUUGGACCUUUUUGAUGUCGGGAGCAACUUCUUCUCCGGAUUGGUGCCUUUCGGUCUCCUGGCCCUCCAAAACCUCAGCUACUUCGAUGUAUCUUCUAAUAAAUUCCAGGGACAAAUCCCGGCGAUCAACACUUGCAGCGACAGGCUUGGCCAUUUUGAUGUCUCCGGCAAUGAAUUGGAUGGUGGAAUUCCUUCCAGCAUCGCCAAUUGCCGACGCCUGAAGUAUUUGGAUUUAGGCUUGAAUGAUCUCGGUGGAGGAAUCCCGGCCGAGAUUGGGAGCUUGAAGUCUCUCAACGUUCUCAGAUUAGGGAACAAUGCCGCCGUUGGAGGCUCAAUUCCACCGGAGCUUGCAGGCGCCGACCUGCUUCAGAUUCUGGACCUCAAAAACCUUCAACUUUCCGGCGAGAUUCCGAAUGCCCUGAGCCAAUGCCUCUUCCUUCUCGAGCUGGAUUUAUCGGGAAAUCGCUUGCAGGGAGAAAUCCCUGACACACUCUACAGCAUCACUUACCUCCAAUACCUCGACCUCCACCACAACCAGCUCAAUGGGAGCAUCCCGGUGAUACUUGGCAACCUCACCAAGCUCGAAUUCCUCGACCUCUCAGAGAAUUCACUCACAGGAAUCAUCCCUGACUCACUGGGGAAUCUAACACUACUGACCCAUUUCAAUCUCUCUUACAACAACCUCAGUGGCGCCAUCCCUCCCACCAUCCAGCACUUCGGUCCGUCGGCUUUCUCUCACAAUGCAUUUCUCUGUGGCCCUCCUUUAGAUAAUUCCUGCCCCGGCGGUCGUCCCCGGCGAGCAAGGCAGUUGAGUAUAUCUACCAUCGUGGUCAUUGUCGCCGCGGCUGUGAUUCUCAUCGGCGUCUGCAUCGUGACUGUGAUGAACAUCCAGGCAUAUCGAAAGAAGAGAGGGGAGGAGGAAGAGAUUCCGGUUUCUGAGAGCACCCCUCCAGCUUCCAAUGGUUCAAAUGUGAUCAUUGGAAAGCUGGUUCUCUUCAGCAAGAGUCUACCUUCCAAGUACGAAGACUGGGAGGCAGGCACCAAGGCAUUGCUCGACAAGGACUGCCUGGUUGGAGGUGGAUCGAUCGGAACGGUCUACAAGGCCAGCUUUGAGGGCGGUGUCUCCAUUGCCGUGAAGAAGCUGGAGACACUUGGGAGAAUAAGGAACCAGGACGAGUUCGAGCAGGAGAUGAGCCGGCUUGGCGGCCUCAGGCACCCCAAUCUGGUGGCAUUCCAGGGAUACUACUGGUCAUCCACAAUGCAGUUGAUUCUAUCUGAAUUUAUCGCCAAUGGCAGCCUCUAUGACCACCUCCAUGGUUCUCGCAAUUCUUAUUCUGGCAGCAGCAGUGGUGGUGGCAGGGGAGAGCUGUUCUGGUCCAGGAGAUUCAAUAUAGCUCUUGGAACAGCGAGGGCUCUCGCUUAUCUUCACCAUGACUGCAGGCCCCAAAUCCUGCACCUCAACAUCAAGUCUACGAACAUAUUAUUAGAUGAAGGGUAUGAGGCCAAGUUAGCUGAUUAUGGCCUGGGGAAGUUGCUGCCGAUCCUGGGGGACUAUGUCUUAUCCAAGUUUCAUACUGCCAUAGGAUAUGUGGCGCCGGAGCUGGCGUCCCAGAGCUUGAGAUAUAGCGACAAGUGCGAUGUCUAUAGCUUUGGGGUGAUUUUGCUGGAGCUGGUGACUGGGAGGAAACCGGUGGACAGCCCGGGGGCGGCAGAGGUGGUGGUGCUGCGUGACUACGUGAGAGGGGUGUUGGAGGAUGGCACUGCAUCUGAUUGCAUCGAUCGAAACCUGAGGGGCUUCGUGGAGACCGAGUUGAUUCAGGUCCUCAAGAUGGGGUUGAUUUGCACUUCUGAGGCUGCUUCGAGGCGGCCGAGCAUGGCGGAGGUGGUGCAGUUCUUGGAGUCGAUCAAACCCAAUUCAUGAUGCUGGUGGCAAAGAAAUCAUGCAAAGAUGGACGUUUAGGUUUGGUGGGAUUGUUGGUGGCUAAUGCAAGUGUUUAGAACAGAGAAACAAAACAAUCACAUUCUUUUCUUCAUUCUUUUCUUUGGUCACCAUAUUUAUUGGAUUUUGUUAUGUGAAAUUUAGAUGUUUAUUGAAAUAAAAGUUAUUUUGAUUCAUUGCAAUUUCUGUCACUGCUUUCUAAA